GCUGCUAGUUAUAAUAAACCAUUAAACAUUGAAGAAUGAAUCUUGGAUUGGGAUAAUAAUGACAAAAGAUAUUGAUGCUAUUUAUAGUCCAUUUUAAGGUCAAGUAGGAAGGAAGAUUCAUUCAUAUUCCAAGAAGUGAUCAGAGAUUGAAGUGGGUUCAUCAGUUCUUAAUUUCUUACUUUUCCAAGAACCGUUUCGAAUUAAUUGUGCUCUACUCUACUAAUAUUGAGAAAUGGCGGACACGAUUAAUCAAGAUGUACAGAACCAUGAACAUAAAGGAGGAAAUCGGUGCCAGAUUGCAAAAGGCAAGUCUAUAGAGAAUCCAGAUCCCAGCUUGUUUGAGACUGUCGACUCCCUUCUCCACAAGGAUGAACCCAAGAAUGUGGGUGUUGAUUCACAUGCUGUUUUGUACUCCACUGAUCAUGAAGUUCCUCUAACGGGUGGCGCCGCUGAUCAGCUUGUGUUGUAUUUCAAGGGCGAGGUUUAUGUGUUUGAUUUGGUUACAUCUCAAAUGGUGAACACAGUUAUGUUACUUUUGGGCGGAAAUGAGCAGGUGACAACUGAAACUCUGCAGAAUUCUAGUGGCUUGGAUGAUUUGCCAUCAUGUAGAUCAAGUCCAGUAGUAGAAAGGACUGCUGUUGCUGCUGCUGCUGUUGCUUCCUCUUUGAAUGAUGAUGGAUUGAGGUGGGGGAAUAAGAAAGAAACAAGUGGUGCUGAGAAGAAUAAGAAAGAUGCUAGUGUUGAGAAGAAUAUAUACUACAUUAUGAAAGAAGUUGCAGCUAGGAUGAAAAUGAAGAAAGGAGGAGUUUAUGAAAAUAAUGUUGUUGCCUCUUUGAAUGAUGAUGGAUUGAGGGGGGAGAAUAAGAAAGAAACAAGUGGUGUUGAGAAGAAUAUAGACUACACCAUUAUGAAAGAAGUUGUAGUCAGGAUGAAAAGGGAGAAAGGAGGAGGUGAUGAGUGUACCCCAUUUUCCAACUACGCCAUUAUGAAAGAAGUUGCAGCCAGGAUGAAAAGGAAGAGACAAGGAGGUGAUGGGUGUACCUCAUCGUGCAAGUUAAUAAUCUCACCCGUUCUUCAUGGACGUGACCAAGAGAAGGAAAAGAAAGAAGAGGAUCAUGAGGUCAGUAGCCUAGGGACCUGGUGGUGGUGGUGGCAUUAAUUCUGCCUCGGAAGGAGGGAGGCGCUGGUCUGCGGAAUUAGAAUUGAGGGUCCGGCGAGAUUGUUGAACCAUCUUAGCCAUAUGCGGUGUCUGGUAAGACGAGGACCGGGUUGCGCUGCAUGUGUCAAGUUGCAUUUUAGAACCAAAACCAAAACUAGUUGUUGCUGCCCUCUGCUGCAUGUGAGAGUUCAAUCCUGACAUUGCCAAAGCCCUUCCACUUUUCAUGUAAACCCUCAUAUUCACCAUCUUCUUUUCAAUUUCCAACAGUUCCUCCUCCAAAGACUCCAACACUUUCUCCUCGUCCAAAUCCCCUUCACCCCUCCUCCUCAAUCUCGUCCCCGAUAUUCUUCCACGACACUCCUCCAGCGUCCCCUUCGCACCGGCUAGAUUCCCUUCCUCUGCCUCCGCUUUCGCUUUCGCAAUGGCCUCUGCCGUCUCUACUCUGCUACGUUCCCUAUCAACUUCCACAGACACUUGAGGCGGGAUGAUAAGGAACUCUGGCCGCUCAAUACUAGCUUUCUCAACAUUCUCCCUAGUUAUCAGUUGCUUGCUAAUUGGGCACUUGUAAGCAUAGCUGAUUUUCAACACCUGCAUUAUACUAUCCGAAUUGGACGAUUGAGGAAUGUCGAUUUCCACCAGGAAAUUCCUCUCUUCUUCUGCGUACAGAUCCCCGACUUCAAUAAACCCUGUUCUCGCGUCCAGAGGUAUAUAAGUCUUGUAACUACCUGCUUUAAUCGAGCUUAACCGGAGAUCCUUAUGAUCAGACUCCACCUUCACUUGAAGUUCUUGCACCACCACACUUAGAAGCCCACCAAUGCAUUGAGCGAAGGCGUCUUGUAUUGUGUCCACGGAUUCAACGAAUGAAAACGUCCCCCGUGUAGCCUCGGCAACUGUAUUCAUCAAGGCGGGAUCAUGGUCUGAACCGAACCCAAAAGUGUGGAUUGGCACCGAUGGCCUGUUUUCGCCUGGUCGGAUGGAGGAUGGAAUUAGCUGGUCAUAACCUGCUGCCAUAUUAUUAUUACUCCUCUGAUUAUUGACUGUGUAUGUAUCACAGCCAUCAGAUAAGAAUAUUAUGCUGGCCACCGGAUUCUUAUAUCUUCGGUCAGUCAUGACUUUGGCUCCGGUCUGUAAUCCGGCGGCGAUGUGAGUCCCACCGAGGAUAGUUAGGUUGUGGACAGACUGCAGGGCGAAUUGUUUACCUGACUGGUUCAUUAGACGAAGAGGACAGAUUCGUUGGGAACGAUCCGAGAAUGAGACUAUUGAGAGCCUGUCUGAAGGUCCCAGAUUUUGUAU